GUCAACGAGAGGGCGCGCGCGAUCGACGCUGAGGAGGAGCUCCUGCUUCGAGAGAAUGAAGUUGCCGAAGUGCUCCAACGCUGGGAAUCCAUGAUGAACAAGACAGACAAAGAAAAAGCUCCGCUGAUACAGCAUUUCGAAGAGGAAAGAAAGAAGUCGAAUCAGCACGAUGAGAAGAUACAUCAGCCAGUAAGCCAUUUACCACUAAAUUUUGUGCUAUCUCUUUCCAUUCGAGUCUUGUGA